AUGACUAUGACGAUUCAGCGCGUGAACGCCAACUCACCGGCACAGGCCGUGAAGAGCCGCGCCCGCGGGCCGACGAUUACGCAGCUGCGCGCCAAGCAGGCCGCUCUUGUGGCCGCAGCCGAGCUCGCAGCUUCAAGUGACGCCGAGGCGAGUGUGGUGAGGCCGCCCGUUGACGAAGCCAAGCGGUGGGCAGGCGGCAAAGGCCGCAAAGCUCGCUGGCGCGGCACGGAGCCUAUCGCGCGGGAGACUCCAGCGGGCUCGGCGUCUGUUGUGACGAUGCCGCAUCGCAAGUAUUUUGCCUCCGACAAGGAGCACCAAGUGAAGUUCAACCUGUGGCUGAAGACGGGCGACUUCAAAGGCAAGGACGAGUACGAGUGCAUGGCGUGCAAGCAGUGGAAGCCGUGGUUUUGUUACGCGGGCAUGUUCAAGCUGGGUAGCGCGAAGCAAUAA